GCAGGGUGGCAGGGCUGCUGUCCCUACAGGGGCCAGUCAAUGUAUCUAAGGGCAGGUUUGUGACAGCCUUGAACCUGGAUGGCCAGGAGUAGAGGCCCCAGCAGGGGGCACCAUGAAACAGCCCCCCACUCCAGCUAGAGGAGGGGCCCUGGGCUGGAGUAUUUCACAGACCCUGCUCAGCUCUUGAGACCUGGGUGACAGGCACAUGUGCAGCUAGUGGGGAGGGGGUGAUGGUCUGGAAUAGGGUGUUGUGGGGGCCAGGUAGAUGAGGCCACAGGGUGGGGACAGGUGAGAUACAGCCAUGGCUGAUACAACUUCCAUUUGCCCUAGCUGAGUCAGGGCUCUAGAUCCAAGGAUGGAGACAGGCGCCCAGCUUGAGACCACCACGCACACCCAGAAAGUAGAGUGUCUGAGGGCGGCAGCCCAAAGUGGGUUGGGCCACGGCUGUGGCGUGGAUGUAGUGUCCCUUUUCAGUCUGCAGAAGGGGCACAUUCCAGAGCAGAAUGCUUCCACUUAUAGGUGGGAAGGGCGGUUGGGGGUGUCAGAGCCCCUCACUGGCCACGCCCACACUCCCAGCAGCCUCUGUCCUGUUCCACAUUGGGGCUCUUGGCUUGGGGGAGGGAUACUGGGGGUCCAUCCAGGCUGCACACUUCUGCAGAAGAUGGGGGUGAACCUGACACCCCACAACAAGGAGACGGUGCAGCACAGCGACGUGCUCUUCCUGGCCGUCAAGCCUCACAUCAUCCCCUUCAUCCUGGAUGAGAUCGGUGCUGACAUCGAGGCACGGCACAUCGUGGUGUCCUGCGCAGCUGGCGUCACCAUCAGCUCCAUUGAGAAGAAGCUGAUGGCUUUCCAGCCGGCCCCCAAAGUCAUCCGCUGCAUGACUAACACACCAGUUGUGGUGCGAGAGGGGGCCACCGUGUACGCCACUGGCACCCAUGCCCAGGUGGAGGAUGGCAGGCUCCUGGAGCAGCUCAUGGGCAGCGUGGGCUUCUGCACGGAGGUGGAGGAGGACCUGAUCGAUGCCGUUACGGGGCUCAGUGGCAGUGGCCCAGCCUAUGCCUUCACAGCUCUAGAUGCCCUGGCUGAUGGGGGCGUGAAGAUGGGGCUUCCCAGGCGCCUGGCAGUCCGCCUCGGGGCCCAGGCUCUGCUGGGGGCUGCCAAGAUGCUACUGGACUCAGAACAGCAUCCAGGCCAGCUCAAGGACAACGUCUGCUCUCCUGGAGGGGCCACCAUCCACGCCCUGCAUGUGCUGGAGAGUGGGGGUUUCCGCUCCCUGAUCAUCAAUGCUGUGGAGGCCUCCUGCAUCCGCACAUGGGAGCUGCAAUCUAUGGCUGACCGCGAGAAGGUCUCACCAGCUGCCAUCAAGAAGACUGUCCUGGACAAGGUGAAGCUUGACACCCCUCCGGAGACCCUGCUGGCUCCUUCUGGCCACACCAAGCUGCUUCCCCGAAGCAUGACCCCGACAGGCAAGAAGGACUGAAGUGCGCCACCUGCCCACCAGGCUGUCCUCCACCUUCUCUCUCUUGGCUCAGAGCUCCUGUGCUGGGUGUCUGGCCCCUGACCACGCAGGUUGGCCCACUGCCCACGGCUCUGGUCAACUGGGGUCAGCCAGGGUCAUAGCCAGGGAGGGGGCACAUCACUUGCCAGUGGGAAUCUCCACAAUCUCCAAAUGCUUCCUGGUCCAGAACAGGGACAGACCCUCUGACUUCAACCCUGCGCUUCCUCUGCCCCAAACCAAGUCAGGACCAUCUUUCAGGAGCACAGGAAGCGGGGGGAUUGGGGAUUUCACCUCUCAGCAUUAGCUGCUUUGGGGCUUGGCCUAAGCACAAAGGUCAAGGUUCCCCUUGCCCCAUGAAAGCCAAACUAAAGGGGGGAGCCCUGCCCUACGUCUGCUACUUCCCCAACCUCCACUCGUGGCUGGGGAGGAGGGAACACCUCCUUCCUUGGUGUGGGAAGGACCAGAGGGCCCCAGACAUCCUGAGCCCAAUGGGAGGGACCACGGUUCUUGACCAGCUGCAAAUCACCCCUCACCCCCAUUUGACAUUUGAGAAAAGGGCCCCUCAGACAGUUGGACUUCCAAGGCCACCAGCACACUCAGGCCACUGUCCCCCAUUCCUGACCUGAACCACAGGCACUGUCACUUCUCUUCCUGACCUAAAUUCUUUUAGGUUAAAUAAAUUGGUUCCCAGCCCAGUG